AUGUUCAACAAAAGACUUCUCGACUUUCGGGAAAAUGGAGAUCUUGAACGUUUACGGCGUUAUUGGAUGACUGGUGUAUGCAAACCAGGCAAACAGGAACACAAAAGCUCAGAUCCAUUGGCUCUAGAGCAGUUUCUGUCUGCUUUUCUUUUGCUGAUGGCAGGAAUUCUAUUGGCAACAUUGCUUCUUCUUUUGGAGCAUCUAUACUUCAAAUAUAUUAGACAUCAUUUGGCUAAAACCGAUCGUGGUGGAUGCUGCGCCUUAAUAAGUCUCUCUAUGGGAAAAAGCCUAACCUUUAGAGGAGCGGUCUAUGAAGCCCAAGAUAUCCUAAGAAAUCAUAGGUGUCGUGAUCCUAUUUGCGAUACUCAUCUAUGGAAAGUAAAACGAGAACUGGACGUCGCCCAAAUGCGAAUUAAGCAACUGGAAAAGGAAAUGGAAGUGUAUGGGAUAAAACCACCACCCUGUAAACGCAUUGUAGUGUCAGGGGAGCAAGCAAAAGCACGGCUACGUAGUUUAGAACCCACUGAAGUCGAGAGUUGUUCAGAUUUUAAUGGACCGACGACAACAGAAAUAGCAGAGAUGGAAACAGUACUGUGAUGUACGGUCGAACCUAAUGAAACGGAAGAAAUCAUUUACAUUCUAAGCCAAACAGAACAAUUCCAAAAUCUUGACACCAAAUACUUAACUAUCUAGUUUUAUAGGCAAUAUUCGAAACUCGCCGUGAUGGCGAAUUUAUAAAAAAAAAUAACAAGGGAAGAAUUAGGCUGCUUCAUUUAACAUUUCGCUGCUUUCUAUUAAAAAAAAAAACAUGUUAGAGUUAAUUUAUGGAUUUCUGGUCGAGUACACUCUAAAAGAUAUUACAAAUUAAUAAUUAUUGUGCAGAAUGACAGAAACAUGUGCAUUUUAUAAAUUAGAGACGUAUUUCAUAGAGUGAAAAGUUAGCCAAAUGUUAAAUGUUAAGUCUAAAGUUGUAUUCAAUAUUUUUAUAAAAACCUGCCUCAGAUUAACCUUUGCGACGUAAUGGUGGUAAAACAUAUCUUUCAACGUAUAUCUAUUAAUGGAAUUGAAAAUUCUUGUUUUUGACAUGUCCUGAAGAUUUUUUAGGUUUUAAGUGAGAAUUGUCCAGUACAUCAAUAGACAGAGAAUAAGAUACAGAUGCCGGAUUCUAUUUUACGAGUCGAGUCGAAAUUCGUGUCGAAUUGUCAAAAUAGCGAUUCUAUUCUUCGAUUUUUCGAUACGUAUUGCACGGUACGUCAGCUAAAAUAUCAAAUUUUUAGCUAGGUACUUGCCUGUUGCAUCGAUACGUCGUAUAUCUUCUGGCUAUCAAAGUACUGAACAAAUUUGGAUUCCCAACAGGAAUUGCUGUCCAAAGGUCUCUUCUGGCGGUCUCAAAUUCCGAGAACGGGAAUGGAUAAAAUUGGAAAUAGAUAAAUAAAUAUUUAUACGAUAAGCUGAAUUUUUUGGAAUUUCGUUAUGCUGUAAAAUUAAAAGUUUUACCAACAAUACGUUGCAAAGUGAAAUACUUAAUCUAACAAAAAAAUGUGGAUGUAAUUUUUUUAUGAAUAUCUGAUACAAAUGUAAGCGUUGGACAAUUAUUAUACAUAUUAUUAUUACACAAACCUGUAUGAUCUUGUCGUGCUCAAGCGAUAAAGUAUUUGAUUGUUAUUGUGCAAAAAAAUAUACCUACUUUUAAGAAUCAUAGUCAUAUAUGAAAAAAAGUGCUUUAUUCAAGUCAUUUACUCCUGUAUUUAUCAUUUUUGACUAUACUAAUUAAGUUAUUCCUAUAUUUUUAAUACAUGAAAAAUGGACUCUUAUGAUCCGGUGCAUCUAGCAUUUCUAAAAUUAGAGGUAAGGUUGCAGGGGAGAAGCAAAAUAACG